AUGAAUCGAACACACUCGACACUCUCGUCGCGCUCGACGCCGACUGCGACGCCAAGAACAUCUCCACAUCGACCGCCGGCCAUCACUCUGACCGCAGCGACGGCGAGGAAAGGUGACAACGGCUCUCCCGCUCCGAAGCACCGUCUGCCGCGGUCGCCAACAACGACGACAGCUCACGGCGACCAGCCUGUUCGACCAGCGCUACAGGGACGCGACACGGGUCCGGAGAACUACUAUGCAUCGGGAUCGCAGACGGACGGAGUCGACGGAGACUACGACAGCAGCACGAGUGCGAGUGAAGGGGAAGAUGCGGUCUUGCGGUCUCGCGUGUUCACCGAAGGCCUGACUGUCGAGGACGGGACAGCGUUGGCACGACGAGCGCUGAACGGGCUAGGCUCGCUGCCGGCGUGGGCAGGCGAACGAGGCAGGGCAGAGCACGUUCUGGUGGAGAAGCGGAGCCUGUCUCCCAGCUCGCUCAGGAGCAGCGGGAGCGGAACAAGCACGCACAAGGAGCGGUCCUGGGGAUCCGCUCUACUCGACACCCUCGAAGGACACCCGCAGCACCACCGCGACAGGCGAAAAUCGGCUUCUCCCGCGGUCGGUUCGGUCCGCGCGUCCCGCACAUCCUUGCGCAUCCGACCGUCUCGUCCGUCUCCUGAGCAACCCUCCCGCGAACCGACUCCUCCACUCACCCUCGACUCGAUCAGCGCCGGCUGGAACCCCUUCCCGCUUUUCCACAUCCGCAAAUCCCUCAUCUUCGAAGUCAUCGUUCUCCUCAUCCCCUUCUCCUUCGCUCUCUACCGCCUCUACACCAUGACGCCUACCGCCAUCUUCCCCUCAAUACCGAAACUCCCGUUCCGUGCCAUCCUCCUCUUCACCAUCUCGAUUCCGUUCAUCGCCCUCCUGCGCCGAGAAGGCCAUUACUUCAAGGCGCCCUUCACCGACGAGCGUGGAUACCGGGAUCCCAGGCUGGCAGACGACGGCGUCGCUGUCGCUCUGACUCUGCCGAUCCUGCUCGCGUCGGCGGUCUACUGGGAUACGUACGCGAAUGCGGACGACACGGCUUUCGGCAUUGGCCUGCCCGGCAUUCGACCUCUCAUCGAUGUGUGGGAAGCAAACGGCAUCCACGCAACAUCCUCGCCUCGCCUUCCCGCCUCUUUUGAUCUAUCCGUCCUGUCUUCGCCCAUCGAGCAAGCUCGCGCCCUCUUCACAGCGCGCUACGAGCUCGUACUCCUCACGGGGAUCAACGCGGCGUGUCUGCUCCUCCACCUCGGACUCGCUCGAACAGUCUUCCAGAUCGAGCGGCUGCCGAGGAGCAAUACGAAGCGGUUCUUCGGAUUCAUGGGCGUCGCGGCGACGAUCAGUGCGGGCAUCUGGGCGCUGUGUACCAUCGUGGAUCACUACAUGAAGGGCGGCCUCCCGAUCUCGCCUCUCGAAGCGGCGACCACCAGUCUCAUCCAGCAGUCAUCGUUCUACUCGGUCUCGCGUCUUGCUCGACGUGGCUUCACGCUUGGCGAGCUCAACGCCAUGACAGCGGCGGGAAACGCUCUUUGCCUCGAGUUCUGGCGGUUGACCCGAGCUCGCUGGUUGUACAAGCGAGGCUUGCCCUACAUCCCGCUCACUUUCCGCGCCCCGACUCCGCUUGUCGCCUUCCAAGCAAUCCUCAUUCCCGGCGCCUAUCUCGCCGGCUUCCUCCUCUCUCCUCUGCUCGUUAUCAGCCGCCACAUCGCCUCGAAGCCUUCACACCGCCUCAGAUGGCCAACCGAGCGCGAGCGACACCGCAAGCUGCUUGCUCUCGGCGUCCUCGUCGGUCUCGCCGGCAUCGUCUGCUUCAUGCUUGGCGGGUGGGCGGGCUGGAUGCUCGGCGCCGAGCCGUCGAGCUUCUUCCGCCGGCUGAGGAGACCGUGGGGAUGGGCGGCUCGGUACUUCUGGUACGGAAACUCGGAUGGUGUCGACAUCGUCGCGGUUGGGACCUUCAACGCCAUGCCCUGGUGGUCUCCUCGACGGCGGACUCGCGGAUGGAGGCGCAUUGCGCUGAUCGGAUACUGGGGUGCGACGAUCUCGUCCGCUAUCGGUGGGUGGCAGACGCACCUCGUUCGGGCGCGCAGGAUCCGCAUGAAGCCGCCCUCGCCGCAACCGAGCUUUGUCGGCAAGUCGAGGGACAGCAGCGGGACGGCCACUCCGACGGGCGAGGGUUUGCCAGCCGGGACGACCGCGCGAGCGACUGCCGCGGCUGCGGCUGGCAAGAGGUUGCUCGGAAUGGGCAUGGAUGCGAUGCAUGGCGCAUCGAGGAUGGGCAAUUCGCACGAGACGCGGGACACGCAGGUCAAGGUCGGCGUCGAGAAUGCGAGGGAGGAGAAGGCCGUCCAUGCGAGCCUGAACAUGCGGCGCAAGUUCUUCCAUGCGCUCGCGGUCCUUAUGUUUGUGCCGGGAAUCGCCAUCGACCCGGCCUUCACCUCGCUCGCCUUCUCCGUCGCCUUCGCCCUCUUCACCUUUGCCGAAUACGCCCGCUUCUUUGCCCUGUACCCCAUCGGCGCACCCUUGCACAUCUUCUUCUCCGAGUUUGUCGACUCGAAGGACAAUGGACCCGUCAUCAUCAGCCACUUCUACCUUUUGACCGGCUGCGCUGGCGGUGUCUGGCUCGAGGGGAAGGGGAUCAACCGGUUUACGGGUGUGCUUGUGCUUGGAGUUGGCGAUAGUUUGGCCUCGAUCGUCGGAAAGCUCGUCGGCCGUACUCGCUGGCCCGGCACAUCCAAGACGGUGGAAGGCACAGCCGCCUUCGUCGCCUCUGUCGUUCUCUGCAGCUGGCUUCUCCGCCUGAUCGGCGUCGUGCCGUCUUUCUCGCUUCCCCGGUACAUCCUCGCGGUCACGCUCGCCGGACUCCUCGAGGCCUCGUCCACUCAGAAUGACAACCUCGUCAUCCCGCUGUACAUGUGGAGCGUGGUCUCUCUCCUGAACGUGUAG